AUUUGAUAACGAACAAUCGAGUUCGAGUAGGUCGAAGUAACCUGGAAUAUAAAAUCUUGAUCCGCCAGGUCAAUAUGCGCGAAUGAUUAUGCUAGUCGUGAUAUGACGAUUUGUUUUUAACGUUGAAUAAAACGCAUAUUAUGUAAGGUGGGCCACCAGAUGUCAGUGUGGCGCGACGAUACGUUUGUAGUUGUUCCUGUUUGCUCUAUCCGUCGGAUAGAAUUUGAAAUCGAAAAAUGGGUAAUUAUUGGGUUUCGGCUCAUAUAACGCAUCCUGAUACGACACCUCGACAUGAAUCGGCACCGACCUUCGACCCUAUGCUGGGGUUUCCGAAAGGUCGAAAGCCCCGAGAGAUGAAGAUGUCAGAGGAGGAUAUGAUGGCUGCAAAGAUCCCACUUAAGCAACGUGAUUUUUGUGCUCACAAGUGGAUGGAGUUACAUGAAUGUAAGAGAAUUCAUUAUCCCCUCAUGCUAAAGUGCGCCCACAAGAAACACGAGUACGAACAAUGUCAAGUUGAAGAUUAUACCAUAAGAUUAAAGGAAUACGAGAGAGAACGCCGUCUCCGCGAAAGACAGAAGAGAAAACAACAAGCAGCAGCCGCGUGAAGGUGUUCUUUUAUAGAAUUUCGAUAAAUUCAUUAUUGUCGAUAAUUUAGGGUGCACAUAUGUAAAGAGGGAAUCGCGUUCAGCUAUUGUACAUAAAGUAUGCGAAUAAAAUGUAUAGCAAUA